AUGGGACCAAUUGCUUUGUGCAUAGGAGCUCUGGUUAUUAUAAGCAUUACACAAUGGGUUUACCGCUGGAGGAAUCCGUUAUGCAAUGGAAAACUCCCUCCAGGUUCAAUGGGCUUGCCUCUCCUCGGCGAGACUCUUCAGUUCUUUGCACCCAACACUUCCUCAGAUAUUCCUCCCUUCAUUAAAAAGAGGAUGGAAAGAUAUGGGCCAAUAUUCCGAACCAGUUUGGUCGGACAACCAGUAAUUGUAUCCACAGACUCGGAUCUUAAUAACUUCAUUUUUCAAAAAGAGGGACAACUGUUCCAGAGCUGGUAUCCAGAUACCUUCAUGGAGAUCUUGGGACGACAAAGUGUGAGUUCCUUGCAUGGGUUUAUGUUUAAAUACCUCAAGAGCAUGGUGCUGAAUCUAUUUGGUCAAGAAAGACUGAAAAAGAUGAUUCCUGAAGUUGAACAGACAGUAUGUAGAAACUUAAGGACGUGGUCGAGUCAGCACACAGUUGAAUUGAAGGAUGCAACUGCAAGUAUGAUAUUGGAUCUGACUGCAAAGAAACUCAUCAGUUAUGAUUCAGAGAAGUCAUCAGAAAUUCUGUGGAAGAACUUUGUUGCUUUCAUGCAGGGAUUAAUCUCCUUCCCUUUAAAUAUUCCUGGAACUGCUUACCACAAAUGUCUACAGGGAAGGAAGAAGGCAAUGAGGAUGCUGAAGAACAUGCUUGAGGAGAGACGAGCAAAUCCUAGGAAGCAACAAAGUGAUUUGUUUGAUUAUGUCCUUGUAGAGCUUGUGAAAGAUAAUACAAUCCUUACAGAAGCAAUUGCUCUGGAUUUAAUGUUUGUGCUACUAUUUGUGAGCUUUGAGACAACUUCCCUAGCUCUAACUUUAGCCACCAAAUUUCUUUUGGACCAUCCUUUGGUGUUGAAGGAAGUAGCAGAAGAACACGAGGCAAUUCUAAGAAGACGGGAAAAUCCGGACUCUGGACUUACAUGGGAAGAAUACAAAUCAAUGACAUUUACAUUUCAGGAAGAACACGAGGCAAUUCUAAGAAGACGGGAAAAUCCGGACUCUGGACUUACAUGGGAAGAAUACAAAUCAAUGACAUUUAAAUUUCAGUUUAUCAAUGAAACAAUCAGGCUGGCCAAUAUCGCUCCAUUGAUUUUCAGAAAAUUGCUAAAAGAAAUAAAGUUUAAGGGCUAUACCAUUCCAGCUGAUUGGGCGGUUAUGGUCUGUCCUCCAGCUGUACCCUUAAACCCUGACAAAUACAAGGAUCCCCUUGACUUCAAUCCAUGGAGAUGGAAAGUGAGUAGAGUACGUAUGAAAAAUGAUGGCACACGGGAAAUGGAACUGAAUAUUGUAUCUAAACAAUUCAUGGCUUUUGGAGGGGGGAUGAGAUUUUGUGUGGGAGCAGAUUUUGCUAAGGUGCGAAUGGCUGUAUUUCUCCACUGUUUGGUUACAAAGUACAGGUGGCAAGCAAUUAGGGGAGGAGACAUUGUCCGGACUCCCGGUUUACAAUUUCCAAAUGGCUUUCAUGUUCAGAUCUCUGAGAAAAAUAAGCAACAGGAAACAGCAUCCAACUCUAUUUUAUCAAACCUGGAUUAUGCACAGCUCUGCAUUAUGGGACAUCAGCUCAGCCUUCUUCCACUGCCAAUGCCAUUGUUUGGGAUGUUCUUCAUCAUUUAA